UACCUAUUUUACCCUCCUCCAAACAAGAUUUUGUCCCUCAUCUCCUUCUCCCCUCCUCUCUCUGAUUCUGGUUCGACGGCAACCCAUAGCCCUCGUCGCCGGGGCUAACAGAAGGAUUCUACAGAGACCACUUCGGAUGCUUCCCGAGAGGGACAUGUCCGUAGCCCUUACUAUUCAGGCUCCGCCGCCGUCUCACGGGUGGGACGAGGACAACGACCCCCUUUUAUAUGACGGAAAUGAUGCAGGAAAAGAGGAUAUGUUGAUAACAGAUAUGGAAGGAGAGGCGUCCACUUCUACUAAAACUGCUCCCUGUGAGAGCAAAUAUCACAUAAAUGCUGUCAAAUGCUUUGGGGUGGAUCUGUCCCCAGAUACUGUCGCGGUUGCUAUGGUAUAUUUUGUACAAGGUGUCUUAGGGCUUGCAAGGCUUGCUGUCAAUUUUUACUUAAAGGAUGAUUUGCAUCUUGAUCCUGCAGAGACAGCUGUCAUAUCUGGUUUUUCAGCAUUACCAUGGCUUAUCAAACCACUAUAUGGGCUUAUUAGUGAUUCUGUCCCACUUUUUGGUUACCGAAGAAGAUCAUACCUUAUUUUCGGACUUCUUGGUGCGUUCUCAUGGAGUUUGAUGGCCACCUAUGUCGACAGCAAGUACGAUGCUGCUAUCUGCAUACUUCUAGGAUCACUUUCUGUAGCCUUCUCUGAUGUUGUUGUAGAUUCCAUGGUCGUAGAAAGGGCUCGUGGUGAGUCACAAAGCAUGUCUGGGUCUCUCCAGUCUUUGUGUUGGGGAUCCUCAGCUAUUGGUGGAAUUGUGAGCUCCUACUUUAGUGGCUCCCUGGUGGAUGCUUAUGGUGUAAGGUAUGUUUUUGGUAUCACAGCUUUGCUACCACUGAUUACUUCUGCAGUUGCUGUCCUUGUAAAAGAACAGCCUGUUCAUCUAGCAAGAGGGCAACAUCUUUCUUCUACCAGCCUUGAUUUUCUUGAAAGUUCAAAACAGAGCAUUACUAAAUUGUGGGAUGCUGUCAAGCAGCCCAAUGUUCUUCUUCCUACAUUAUUUAUAUUUCUCUGGCAGGCAACACCACACUCAGAAUCUGCUAUGUUUUACUUCACCACAAAUAAACUCGGCUUCACCCCAGAAUUUUUGGGGCGUGUCAAGCUUGUUACUUCAGUGGCAUCACUGCUUGGUGUUGGACUGUAUAAUGGAUUUCUGAAGGAUGUUCAGUUGCGGAAGAUUUUUCUUGUAACAACAUUUAUCGGAUCAGCUCUUGGAAUGACUCAGGUUUUCCUUGUAACGGGAUUCAAUCGGAAGUUUGGUAUAAGUGAUGAGUGGUUUGCAAUAGGGGAUUCUCUGAUUUUAACAGUUCUUGCUCAGGCUUCUUUCAUGCCUGUUCUUGUGCUGGCAGCAAGAUUAUGUCCAGAGGGAAUGGAAGCCACUCUUUUUGCAACACUCAUGUCCAUAUCAAAUGGAGGAAGCGUUCUUGGGGGGCUGAUAGGUGCUGGUCUGACCCAGCUCUUUGGUGUUACUAAAGAUAGAUUUGAUAACUUGGCGUUUUUGAUAAUCCUUUGUAAUCUGAGCUCUUUGUUGCCUUUGCCACUUCUUGGCCUCCUUCCACGGGAUAAUGAUGAUGCCAAUGAGGAAAGUGAAGAUAUUGAGAUGAAGUCUAACUGAGUUUUGAUUGUCCGCCUUAUUCUCCGUCAGUCUCCUUUGAGCCCUUGGCAAAACUGUAAAAAGCUUUUUAAUCUACUGUUGCUCGAGACAGAGCGUCUGUAGAUAUUACGAUCUUUGUUACGCUAUUUUGUGUUGGAAAUGAAAUUUCAAGGUUAAUUUCUGUUCUA